AUGGCUGCUCCUACUGCAUUAAAGAAGUCACAAGUGGCACCAUCACAAGAACCAACAGGAAAACCACAUCAAAUACCAGUAAAUCAAGAUGAAGAUGAUGAAAUUUUAAUAGAUGCAUCAGGUCAAAUUGAUCAAGAACAAGAAGAACAAAAUGAAGAAACAAAUAAGAAAGUGGAGACUAAAGAUGUUGUAUUAGAUGCUGAAGGUAAACCACGUUUCAGUUCUGCUUCUAAAUCUGGUCAACAUGUUAAAAUUGAAUCAAGAAAAAUUGCAGUACCACCUCAUAGAAUGUCACCAUUAAAAAAUUCAUGGCCAAAAAUUUAUCCUCCAUUAGUUGAUCAUUUAAAAUUACAAGUUAGAAUGAAUUUAAAAACCAAGACAGUGGAAUUAAGAACUUAUAAAGCCACGGUAGAUCCUGGUGCUUUACAAAAAGGUGCAGAUUUUAUAAAAGCAUUUACUUUAGGUUUUGAUACAGAUGAUUCAAUUGCCCUUUUAAGAUUAGAUGAUUUAUAUAUUGAAACUUUUGAAAUUAAAGAUGUUAAAACUUUACAAGGUGAUCAUUUAUCAAGAGCUAUUGGUCGUAUUGCUGGUAAAGAUGGUAAAACUAAAUUUGCUAUAGAAAAUGCAACAAGAACAAGAAUUGUACUUGCAGAUUCUAAAAUUCAUAUUCUUGGUGGAUUUACUCAUAUUAGAAUUGCAAGAGAAGCUGUUGUUUCUUUAAUUCUUGGUUCUCCUCCUGGUAAAGUUUAUGGUAAUUUACGUACUGUUGCAUCAAGAAUGAAAGAACGUUAUUAA